UGUGUUUUUUGACACAUUUAUGAAUCGUAUCGUGAAUGAAACAUAAUCAAUACAAACACAUGUGAACAGAACUUAAAUCAGUUGAAUUAAUCAACAUAUAAUCACUAUUAAUCCAUGUAAAAGUUUAUGACCGCCCACCUAGGUAGUCCACCCUCUUUGAACUUAUCUAACCCCUCCCCUUUUCACUCUUUCCUUCCAUGAGAAGACUGUAAAAGCCAUCAGGAGCAAGAAAAACUGUUUAUUUUCCCCAAAGGAGCAAUGCAAGGAAAAUCCCAAAUGGAUCCCGUAAAGGUGCUUUUUAAUUGAUAUAUUUAUAUAUAUAUAUAUAUCUUAGAAGCCUGUGCAGCUGCUAGCUUUAGUAGUUUUCAGGCUUAAAUGGGUAUGAAAAGUAUUUAUGACAUGCUCUAAACCAGAUAAGAGGAAGUCUUUUGUUGGAAAGAUUCCUAAAGUCCUCCAUUGUGGCUCAUGGUGCCAUCAGAGAACUUUGAGGAGCGACCAUGGCGAGGUGGUUCAAGGAGUUCCCCAUCAACCUGAAGAACGGUACUGACAGGAUCGGCGCACGGGGCAACAAAACCAGCAGCAAAAACCGCAAGAACUCCUCCACAGACCUGUGCAGCUCCCAGAAAGAUGGCAAAGUCUGGGACGGCCUCCUCUUGGCAGGGAAAGGACGAAAAAACUCCAAAGGGGACCAGGUCAUGGAGCCCAUGAAGACCGUGAGGAGCUCCACAACAACAAACGCUUACAUCAGCAGACUGAUCCGGGUUGACACACUGGAUAAGAGCCCCAACUUCAACCCCGGUACCAUCACCAUGAGUCACCAGGUGGUACCUGAAGCAGAAAAACACAGCAAAACAGACACAGUUAUUAUCCUUGAGGACUACGCGGACCCCUUCGAUGCCCAAAAGACCAGGGAGCAAAGGGACUCUGAGAGACUCGGGGACAAUGAUGGCUACAUGGAGCCGUACGACGCUCAGCAAAUGAUCACGGAAAUCAGACGCCGCGGCUCCAAAGAUCUGCUCAAAGUGCAAAUGGAAGGGAGUGAGGCCUCGGCAGAGAGAGGUCAACCUGCAAAUUUGCACCUGUAUGAUGCCGCUCAUUAUGAGGGAAGUGGUGAAAGUGAAAAGGCGGCGGUGGCGGCGGUUACACGACCAGAGAUGGAUAUGCGCCCGUCUAUGGAGUAUGAGCCGCCGUGGGAGUGGAGGAAGGAGCACAUUGUUAGAACUCUGUCAGCUCACUUUGACAGCCCCGAGUGUCCAUCCAAAGACUCUCACCUCACAAGUAGACAGCACACAAGGCAGAAAAGCUGGACGCAGAAAAUCCUCAGGACCUCGUCAUCCUCCAGUCCCGGAAGCAGCCAUGAAACUUUGGCUUGCUGCGUCGACCCCACACGACCCCUGGAGAAACAGAGCUGGUACCAUGGCUGCGUGACUCGCCAGGAGGCGGAGCUUCAGCUGCAGGCCUGCAAGGAAGCUAGCUUCCUGGUCAGGAACAGCGAAUCGGACAGCACAAAGUACUCCAUCGCCCUCAAAACAAGCCAGGGCUGCGUUCACAUCAUGGUAGCCCAGACCAAAGAACACGGCUACACGCUGGACCAGAGCAGCUGUGUCUUCCCCAGCAUCUCAGAAGUGGUACACCACUACUGCAGUCAGCGGCUGCCUUUCAAUGGGGCUGAGCACAUGACCCUGAUGCACCCUGUGCCUCGCAUACAAUAACUCACGCAAGGUAUAUGACAAAAAACAUGUCUUUAGCUUUUAAGGACCAUAACCCAUUAAAGAAACACUCACAAUCUGUAGUGGGGUUGCAAAACCUGGGAGUCGUCCAUGGCAAGUAUUACUCUCUAAACUCUGAAUGACACCGCACUAGGUUGCAUUAAAAAAUAAUUGCAUAUUUACCAUUUCCAAAAUUCCUCAGCUAAUCUUCCCAUGGAAAAUUCCCAGAAAUGUUCCAGUGCAACCCAAAUGUCUGGUCACUGAUGCUCAUCAGGUACUUGUAUCUCGUCUACUUUGUGACUUUGUUCAAUUGCAACACGUUUUCUUUCAUUAUUGCUGUUUUUUCCAUCAAUUGCGUCACACUUGUCGUGAACCAGAAGGCACUUGUAUCAAAUAAAUGGGACUUGUGUUGUCAUUUGUAACUCUCUGGGUCCCUCUUUUGGCCGUGCUUCUCCACUGCACCUCAUUUAUCUCCAACAAAGGCCUGUUGUAAGUCUAGCUGCUAAAAAGCCAUGCGUAAGAAGCAUGUCAUUACCAAGUUGACCUCUAGUGCCUGCAGCUACCUUCUAACUGAUGUUUGUAUUCUUCUACAUCUGUCCCUUGGGGAUUUGUUUUAACUGUGAAGUUGUUGUGCUUGACUGUAUUAUGUCUACAAGGGAAGGCCUUGACAGUAUCUAUGGCUACUUUAUUUCCAGAACAACUGUGGACAAUGUCUGGAACAUUAACAAGAGAUUAA